UGAAGCAGGUCCAAGCAUGACGUUCCAGCUGAAAACCAGAGGCCGGUUCUGUGGCCUGCACUGCUCUGUGGGUCUGACCGACUGGGACAUGGACAAAGAGCUCAAACUGGCAACAACCACUGACCAAAACUGUAACGAAGACAAAGUGAAUGAUCAAUAUUUGGCCCAGAGACCCUCUGCAAGGGCCUGCAGAAGAAAAGAUGAGUUCAUUUGGUACGAUAAGACAUCAGACACAUUUGUGAAACCGAACGUGUGGCUGUUGGUGAAUCCCAACAUCGCCUGUCCGGUCCGGUAUGUGCAGACGGACGCUGACCUCCAGCCUGAGCCGGGUCAUGCCGACCAGCUGCUCCAGCUGGAGCCCGGGGACGCGGAGGGCCCGUCCACAUCCGAUCCGCAAACCUGCCCCCAUCAGGAGGAGCUGAUGCUUUCUGCUUCCUCCACAGAGAAACACACGAUACAAGAAGAUUCCAGCAAACCAGUCCGGACCAGACGGAAGGGGAAGAUCACAAAAGUCGUGGACCUGAAGUCCCUGAAGCCGGGCUGCUGGCCUCGUCCGCCGGUGAAUUACUGCGUUCUGGUUGCUCUGGCACUGAAGAGCAGCCAGACGGGGAGCCUCAAGGUCCAGCAGAUUUACAACUUCACCAGAGAGCACUUCCCCUUCUUUCAGACGGCUCCGGACGGCUGGAAGAACACGAUCCGCCACAACCUGUGCUUCAGCAGCAGCUUCCGUAAAACCUGCAACCAGCUCUGCAAAGAGGGGAAGAGGAAGUCGUGCUUCUGGCACCUGACGCUGGACGGCCACCGCCGGCUGCAGGACGAGCUCCACACGCUGACCGGCGAAACCCUAAAGAUGCUGAAGAGGAGCAUGUCCAACCCAGCCGGCCUGGCAGAACUCAUUUGUGAGAUAAAAGGUUAAAGUAAAUGCUUUUCUUUUUGCAUUUCAGAUGUAAUAUGGAGUUUACUUAAAAUGUGAUUCCUGCAGGUUUCAAUGCACUUAAAAUGAUGCAUAAUAAAAUAUGCAUAUCAUUCAGUUGAGUUGUCUUUAAAUGUGGUCUUUUUUUAUUUAUACAAAGUAAAAACAACUUCUUGCUUACAUCUGUAUCAUCUAGGGACGCUUCAAGCAAUCUCACUGCAAGUUAAAUCAAUCUACAGAUGUUGAGGUAAAAUGAUCAAAGACUUGCUGACAUGUUUUCCAGAUAGAUGGAAGAAAACACUUCAUAUCUGCUCCUUUGAAAGUUGAGAUGCAACUUCUAUGUUUGUCUGUUGUUUUAUACUGUGACUUCACCAAACUGAGCUUUGGAGUUCCUCUGGGACGUGUGCUCAGUCCUUUUGCAUUUACCUGAUCGGCGGCGUAGUGCAGCAUAAAUCAGCAGGUUGGGAUUACAGAGAAGUUUCUCCUUGAAUCUUAUCGUCACCCACCUGACGUCCCUCAGGAGGCUGAAGCGGGAAAUCUUGAUUCAGCAGCUGCAGCAGUUUCACAUGCAAACUGUUUGAAGGGAAUAAAACAUUUGUCAUGAGGCGAUCUGACUCUGCUUUCAAUGUUUGGUCUUUAGUCGUCUGGAGGAAAUCUUUGCUCCAUCGAGUGCUA